CCGUUCUCCGCCGACAUGCUGCCCAAUACGGGGAAACUAGCAGGAUGCACGCUCUUCAUCACAGGCGCAAGCCGGGGCAUUGGCAAAGCCAUUGCUUUGAAAGCUGCCAAGGAUGGUGCAAACAUUGUGAUAGCAGCCAAGACAGCUGAGCCCCAUCCGACUCUUUCAGGGACUAUCUACACUGCUGCAGCAGAGAUUGAAGCGGCUGGAGGAAAGGCUUUGCCAUGCGUCGUUAACGUGAGGGAGGAACAGCAGAUUAUUAAUGCUGUGGAGAAAGCUGUGAAGACUUUUGGAGGGAUUGAUAUUUUGGUGAACAAUGCAAGCGCCAUCUCUUUGACUGGCACUUUGGAAACAGAAACGAAGAAGGUCAAUCUUAUGAUGGAUGUCAAUGUACGAGGAACCUACCUUACGUCUAAAACAUGCCUUCCCCACUUGAGAAAGAGUAAGAACCCGCACAUCCUGAACCUCAGCCCACCUAUGAAUCUGAAUCCCAUGUGGUUCAAAAAUCAUUGUGCUUAUACCAUUUCAAAAUAUGGGAUGUCCAUGUGUGUCUUGGGAAUGGCAGAAGAAUUUAGAGGAGAAGUUGCUGUCAAUGCUUUAUGGCCUAAAACAGCCAUACAUACAGCUGCUAUGGAUAUGCUAGGAGGAUCUGGAAUAGAAAAACAGUGCAGAAAAACAGACAUCAUUGCAGAUGCUGCAUAUUGCAUUUUAACGAAACCGAAAAGUUUCACUGGAAACUUCAUUAUUGAUGAAGCUCUGCUGAGAGAAGAAGGAGUUAAGGAUUUUGAUGUCUAUGCAAUUGCACCAGGUCACCCCCUGAUGCCUGACUUCUUCUUGGAUCUUGAAACUGACAUGAUAGGCAGGAAACAAGAAGGAUAUGGUGGUUCCCAAGCAUUCAAGGAGGAAAAGAAAUUAAGUGGAUCCCAUCAAGAAGGAUCAGAAUCUACUGCAGCCAAGCUAUUGAGUCCUGUUGCAGAAACAUUCAGAGUUAUUCAGGGAGCAGUAACUGAAGAGGAUGUGAGAACCACUCAGGGCAUCUUUCAGUUUGAGUUAUCCGGUGAUGAAGGAGGAACCUGGUACAUUGACCUGAAAACCAAGGGAGGGAAUGCUGGUUCUGGGAAGCCUCCUCUGAAGGCUGAUGUGGUUAUGAGUAUGUCCAGUACCGACUUUGUGAAAAUGUUCACAGGUAAACUAAAGCCAACCCUGGCCUUCAUGACAGGAAAAUUAAGGAUUAAAGGUAACAUGGCACUGGCAAUAAAGCUUGAGAAGAUGCUGACGCAGCUUAACUCUAAACUGUGAGUGGAAACUGUUACCAGCAGAAUUGUGGCCUUUCAUAUAUAAGCGCAAUGCUAUUUUAAAAUGGUAGUCCUUGGUUUUCUCUGAUGUAAUAUAAGUAUGGAUAAAAUGUAAGAUUUUUUAGAGAAGAAAUAACCAUUUGAUUUAGACAAGAAGGUGUUUUUCAUUAAACAAAUUCCUUCUCGAGAAUA